AUGGGGAGGACAAAGCUUGUCUCUUCUCCAUCCCCAGGUGACGUUGUGGACAUCUACCAGCGGGAGUUCCUGGCGCUGCGGGACCGGCUGCACGCAGCCGAGCAGGAGAGCCUGAAGCGCUCCAAGGAGCUCAACCUGGUCCUGGAGGAGAUCAAGAGAGCACUGUCAGAGAAGCAGGCCCUGAGGGACAUAAACCGCACCUGGAGCAGCUUAUCUGACGAAACCAAGUUAAAACUGUGGAAUAUCACCAACAAGAAUGUGCUGCACCUUCCCACCAUCUUCCAUCAUUUGCCACAUUUGCUGUCAAAGGAGAACAGUCUGCAGCCAGCCGUGCAUGUGGGCCAGGGGCGCACUGGAGUGUCCGUCGUGAUGGGAAUCCCCAGUGUCAAGCGGGAGGUGCAUUCCUACCUCACCGACACCCUCAACUCCCUCAUCUCAGAGCUCACCCAGCAGGAGAAGGAGGACUCUGUCAUCGUUGUCCUCAUUGCUGAGACGGAUCCACAGUACACAGCUGGAGUGGCAGAAAACAUCAAAAACUUAUUCCCAAAGGAAAUACACUCAGGUCUCCUGGAGGUCAUUUCCCCAUCUCCACAUUUCUAUCCUGAUUUCUCCCACCUGCGGGAAUCCUUUGGAGACCCCAAGGAAAGAGUGAGGUGGAGGACAAAGCAGAACCUGGACUACUGCUUUUUAAUGAUGUAUGCCCAGUCCAAAGGCAUUUAUUAUGUGCAGCUGGAGGAUGAUAUUGUGGCCAAACCAAACUAUCUCAGCACGAUGAAGAACUUUGCCUUGCAGCAGCCCUCUGAGGAGUGGAUGAUCCUGGAGUUCUCUCAGCUGGGGUUCAUUGGAAAAAUGUUCAAGUCUCUGGAUCUGAGCUUGAUUGUGGAGUUCAUCCUGAUGUUCUAUAAGGACAAACCCAUUGACUGGCUGCUGGAUCACAUCCUCUGGGUGAAAGUCUGCAACCCUGAGAAAGAUGCAAAGCACUGCGACAGGCAGAAGGCAAACCUGAGGAUCCGCUUCAAGCCCUCGCUCUUCCAGCACGUGGGAACCCACUCCUCCUUGGCUGGGAAGAUACAGAAGCUGAAGGACAAGGACUUUGGGAAGCAGGCACUGCGGAAAGAGCACGUCAACCCUCCUGCCGAGGUGAGCACCAGCCUGAAAACCUACCAGCACUUCACCCUGGAGAAGGCUUACCUGAGGGAGGACUUCUUCUGGGCCUUCACUCCCACUGCUGGGGACUUCAUCCGAUUCAGAUUCUUCAAACCGCUCCGGAUCGAAAGGUUCUUCUUCCGCAGUGGGAACAUCGAGCACCCAGAGGACAAACUCUUCAACACGACCGUGGAGGUUCUGCCGUUUGACAGUCUCCAGUCAGAUAAGGAAGCCUUGCAGGAGGGAAGAGGCGCAGUGGUCAAAUACCGCCGGACGGCCGAUGGCUACAUCCAGAUAGGCUCGUUCUCCAAGGGUGUUGCAGAGGGUGAGGUGGACCCAUCCUUUGGGCCCCUGGAGGCCGUCAGGCUGUCCAUCCAGACCGACUCCCCGGUGUGGAUCAUCCUGAGCGAGAUUUUUAUCAAGAAGGCAGAGUGAAGCAGGCGUGAGGCAGAGCAGACACUCUCGUGGAUCCCUGCUGCUGCUGCCGGCCCCGCUCCCCGCGGCGCCUUGCCCGGGCCAGGCCAGCGCAGGGCCGGCUGCCAGGGCCAGCAUCGCCCUCCCAGCGGGGCCAGCACAGCAGCCACCUCUCCUGGAGAGGGGCAGAAAGCAGAACCCAGCCCCUGUGCAAGGGGGGGCUCUGCUCCCCUCCCUCGGCCCCUCGGGACACACGGGCACGGGACAGUUUGGGGUCGGGGUGAGCUUUCGCGAGCGUGGGGACAAAAAGCACCUUCAGCCCCGGGCAGGGCCAUCUUUGGCUGUGUUUGGGGACAGAGCAGGUCACACUGAGUCCUGCCAGACCCCACAGGCGCUGGGAUGGAGGCAGCUGGGACCGAGGUCUGCCUUGUCCUCUCCCAGGAACCAGUCCUGGCCACAGCUGAGGAUUAAGUGAGGGCAAAGACUGACCCUCCUUCAGCAGAGGAGGAAUGAAUCCAAAGGGGUUGGAGCUAUGAUUAUGGCAGGGAAAACAAAAAAAUAAAAUAUGCCACACUGUGCCUGCCAGCAUUGAACACAGCCCCUUAA